AUGAGCCACCCAUGUAUGAAAAGUCUGCUGUUCCUUUUGUCCACCUUGUGCCUCUGCUCCAGCCAUUCCCCAGUUCCUCCGCUGCGUUUCUCGACGUUCCUCGACCCCACACACCAGAUCUACCUGCGGUGGGACCAUGAAGACAAUAACAGCUUGAUUACUUUUGAGGUGGAAGCCAAGACAACGGGAUGGGUGGCUUUUGGCUUCACUGAUCACGGAGAGAUGACCGGGGCAGACUUUGUGAUUGGCGGAGUCCUUCCCGACGGCAGCGUCUAUUUCUCAGACUGGCAUGGUGUAGAUGAAGAAACUAUCUUGGAGGAUGAAAGCCAAGACUACGAGCUGCUGUCCUUGACCCAGGAUGAGACAACCACCACCAUGGCAUUCAGGCGAUAUUUUCGUACCUGCGAUGAGCAUGACCUGGACAUCACGGGUGACACACUACGACUGAUUACUGGCUAUGGUACGGAUGACACAAUUGACUUCUUCAAAGGGAGAAUAGUCCACAAAUCUCUCUUCUUGAUGCUGCUGUCAACUGAAGAUGAAUUGCACUCACCCAGCGUCUACAAGGUGUAUGACCUGAAGCUCAACGAUUUCCCUAUCCCAGAGGAUGACACCACCUAUGCCUGCACUUUCAUACCGUUGCCAAUAGUCAAGGAAAAGCAUCACAUCUACAAGUUUGAGGCCAUGAUCACGCCUCGGAACGAAACCAUGGUGCACCACAUCCUUGUUUAUGCAUGUGGCAAUGCCAGCGUGCUGCCGACCGGGGUCAGCGACUGCUACGGAGCUGAUCCUGAUUUUGCCCUGUGCUCCCAGAUAGUCGUGGGCUGGGCUGUAGGAGGAGGGAGCUACAUGUUCCCAGAUGCAACUGGAAUCUCCAUAGGUACGCCAAUGGAUCCCCAGUGGAUCCGGUUAGAAGUCCACUACAGCAAUUUUAAUGCAAUUCCAGGCUUGAUUGACAACUCGGGGAUACGACUCUAUUAUACUACGGAGCUGCGUCCUUAUGACAUGGGGGUUUUACAGACAGGAUUCUUCACAUUUCCAAUCCAUUUCCUCCCCCCUGGAGCCGAGUCCUUCAUGUCCUACGGUGUCUGCAAUACCAGCCAGUUUGAUGACAUGAAUGGAGUUCCAGUGCCUGAUAUGCAUGUCUUUGGUUACUUGCUGCAUACCCACUUGGCUGGGUUGGGAGUGAGAGGAGUCCAGUACCGGAAUGGAGAGCAGCUGACAGUCAUUUGUGAAGACAAUAAGUACGAUUUCAAUCUCCAGGAGACCAGAGGCUUGAAGAAGGAGGUCAUUUUCAAAUCAGGGGAUGAGUUCCUGGUGGAAUGUCACUAUCAAACCAAAGACCGGACAGGGCUGACCUUCGGCGGACCAAGUACUCUGAACGAAAUGUGCCUGGCUUUCCUCUUUUACUAUCCUCGAAACAACAUCUCCAGCUGCAUGGGGUACCCAAACAUUCAACAGGUGGCCCAGGAGCUGGGCCAAGAGGCAGCAGAUGCAAUGGAAGGAAUGAUGGCUAUAAACAUGGUGGAAUGGGACCAAGAGACCAUCAAGAAAGCAGAGAAGAUUUGCAAGGAAGUCGAUCAGAUUGUGGUCCUCAAAACAAUUGAUGAGGUGGUGAGAAAUGAGACUGGCUUUGUCCGAGAUAUUGUCGAGCUGGAACCAGAGCCCUGCAAGGACAUUUCCAGAUCCCCGCCUGGGCCUCCAUUAGAAAGGAAAGCCAGAUCGCCCACUGUGGCCUCCAAGGCUCUCAGCCCAACGAGCAACUUUCCUUUUGCUGGCCUGCUCUUCAUACCUCUGGCUUUCACUUGGCUUCUUGCCCCUUCUCAGAGCAGACUCUGA